UAAUAUCUCUCGUACUCUUGCUCCUCUUCUUCUUCUUCUUCGACUUGACUCCCCCCACUCCUCCCUCGUGCUGCUCCUCCUCGUCGCUCGGCUCGAGGCGCGGCAUUUGCGGCGGGAGGGAUCUGCGCGCGAGUGCGUGCGGGCAGGCGGCGGGGGAGCACGCACCGGGGGAUGGCGUCGUUCGCGGUGUCCGGCGCGAGGCUCGGGGUCGUGCGGGCGGGGGGCGGCGGCGGCGGCGGGGGUGGCCCGGCGGCGCGAUCCGGCGGGGUGGACUUGCCGUCGGUGCUCUUCAGGAGGAAGGACUCCUUCUCACGUGGCGUUGUGAGCUGCGCGGGUGCUCCUGGGAAGGUGCUGGUGCCUGGCGGUGGGAGCGACGACUUGCUGUCCUCUGCGGAACCAGACGUGGAAACUCAAGAGCAACCUGAAGAAUCUCAGAUACCUGAUGAUAAUAAAGUAAAACCUUUUGAGGAGGAGGAAGAGAUUCCAGCAGUGGCAGAAGCAAGCAUAAAGGUUGUGGCUGAAGACAAACUUGAAUCUUCAGAAGUGAUUCAAGACAUUGAGGAAAAUGUGACUGAGGGUGUGAUCAAAGAUGCUGAUGAACCAACUGUGGAGGAUAAACCACGAGUUAUCCCACCACCAGGAGAUGGGCAGAAGAUAUACCAAAUUGACCCAAUGCUGGAAGGAUUUCGGAACCAUCUUGACUACCGAUACAGUGAAUACAAGAGAAUGCGUGCAGCUAUUGACCAACAUGAAGGUGGCUUGGAUGCAUUUUCUCGUGGUUACGAAAAGCUUGGAUUCACCCGCAGCGCUGAAGGCAUUACCUACCGAGAAUGGGCACCUGGAGCACAGUCUGCAGCAUUAGUAGGUGACUUCAACAAUUGGAACCCAAAUGCAGAUACUAUGACCAGAAAUGAGUAUGGUGUUUGGGAGAUUUCCCUGCCUAACAAUGCUGAUGGAUCCCCUGCUAUUCCUCAUGGCUCACGUGUAAAGAUUCGGAUGGAUACACCAUCUGGCGUAAAGGAUUCAAUUCCUGCCUGGAUUAAGUUUGCUGUGCAGGCUCCAGGUGAAAUACCGUACAACGGUAUAUAUUAUGAUCCACCUGAAGAAGAAAAAUAUGUAUUCCAACAUCCUCAACCUAAACGACCAAAUUCGCUGCGGAUAUAUGAAUCACAUAUUGGAAUGAGUAGCCCGGUAUGCCAAUAAGUUAUUAAUAUUUUGACUUUUCUUUUUUGUCUUGAAACCUUUUUCGCUUUGUA